ACUGAUACAUUGUAACUAGACAGAGAGAGAGAGAGAGAGAGAGAGAGAGAAAGAGACUGCUACAUUGCAACUACAAAGAGAGUAGACUGAUACAUCAUAACUACAGGGAAGAAGACUGAUACAUUGUAUCCACAUAGAGACUGUUACAUUGUGACCACAGAGCGAGACUGCGCAGAAUCAGGAUUAUUACACCUCGUUGUCUGGGAUAUAACACGCAGGGGUGCCAUGGAGUCUGGGGGCAAGAUGACGUUGCGGUUGAUGGUGGCUGUAUGUGUCGCUGUCCUCGGAUCCUUGCAGUUUGGCUAUAACACUGGAGUUAUUAACGCACCACAGACGGUGAUUGAGAAGUUUUACAAUGAGACAUGGCUGUCAAGGUAUGGGGAGGAAAUCUCAGACGCCAGCCUCACCACCCUGUGGUCCUUGUCGGUGGCCAUCUUCUCUGUUGGGGGCAUGAUCGGCUCCUUUUCUGUUGGUCUCUUUGUGAACAGAUUUGGCAGGCGUAAUUCCAUGUUGAUGAUUAACCUACUGGCCUUCAUAGCUGCUAUUUUUAUGGGCUUCUCCAAAAUGGCAUAUUCUUUUGAGAUGCUGAUUAUUGGCCGGUUUAUCAUUGGCCUCUACUGUGGUCUUACCACUGGAUUUGUGCCCAUGUAUGUUGGGGAAAUAGCUCCUACAUCUCUUCGUGGGGCUCUAGGAACGCUGCAUCAGCUGGGCGUUGUGGUUGGAAUUCUUAUAGCUCAGAUAUUUGGCUUGGAACCAAUCAUGGGUAAUGACAGUCUGUGGCCGCUUCUUCUUGGCUGCAUUUUUGUACCUGCCCUCAUCCAAUGUGCAGCACUGCCCUUCUGUCCUGAGAGUCCUCGGUUUUUGCUCAUUAACCGUAAUGAAGAAGAUAAAGCCAAAAGUGUCCUGAAGAAACUUAGAGGCACCACAGAUGUGACAGCCGACAUGCAGGAGAUGAAGGAAGAGAGUCGUCAGAUGAUGAGGGAAAAGAAAGUCACCAUAUUGGAGCUGUUCCGCUCCCCUCUGUAUCGCCAGCCGAUCUUCAUUGCUAUUGUUCUGCAACUAUCACAGCAACUCUCUGGUAUUAAUGCGGUCUUCUACUAUUCGACUGAUAUAUUUCGGAAAGCCCAGGUUGAGCAGCCAAUCUAUGCCACCAUCGGGUGUGGAAUUGUCAACACAGCAUUUACUGUUGUAUCGCUGUUUGUGGUCGAGCGAGCUGGACGACGUACCCUCCACCUUAUUGGACUGGGUGGCAUGGCUGGAUGUGCUAUAUUGAUGACAAUUGCUCUUUCGUUAUUGGACACUGUAAAAGGGAUGCCCUACCUCAGCAUUGUUGCCAUUUUUGGCUUUGUAGCAUUCUUUGAAAUUGGACCAGGACCUAUCCCAUGGUUCAUUGUCGCUGAGCUAUUCAGUCAGGGUCCUCGUCCUGCAGCUAUUGCAGUUGCUGGCCUUUCCAAUUGGACCGCCAACUUUAUUGUGGGAAUGGGCUUCCAGUAUGUAGAGAAACUCUGUGGUGCCUACGUCUUCGUCAUCUUCACAGUCCUUCUCAUUUGCUUCUUCAUCUUUACGUUCUUCAAAGUGCCUGAGACAAAGGGCCGUACCUUCGAUGAAAUUGCGUGUGACUUUCGGCAGGGUGGGGAGAGCAAUCCUGACAAGCACAACUCUCCAGAAGAAUUCCACAGCCUGGGAGAUUCCCAAGUGUAACCUCUAAUACCUACCUCCUGUCACUUCCCUCUCCUUCUUUGCCCUGGUCCAGAGGGACUGGGGGUGAGGAGGGGGAUGGGGGAUCGACACAGUCGCUCAAUCUAGUUUUUGUUGGGCAUAGUAAGAAUAAUGCCUCUUCCUGACUUAUUGUCACCACCUCAGGGGGGCACUGCCAGGCAGCAAACCAUUUCCAAACCAACGCCGCUCGCAGCAUUUCAAACCUUCUUGAAUAACCACAGGGUAGCUGUUCACACUCUAGCGUUUAUAUGCAGGUUUCUUGCCUGUAUGUGGGGAGAUGAAGAAUGGAAGCUCUUUUAUAAUAUAUAAAUAUAUAUAUAUAUAUGUAUGAUUUCCUUUUUAUAACAGAUUAUUUUAUAAGUAGUGUGAGCUUUCAAACCUUAAAUGCUAAGCGGGGAGCGGCUUUUCAUCAGCCCAUCACAGACUCUUGUUUACGUACUGUAGUUUUUAUUUUUUAUUUUAAUCUCUUCUGUGACUGUAGAGGGAAGGAGAAGAAGUGAGGCUGCAGAGAAUCCCAACUAUAAUAUGGCGGCAUUACUUGCUACAGAGUUGAGUGGAUGGUGCAGGCGGCCAUUGACAUGUGGAGGGUGGCGAGUUUAGGAUAUGAGGUUCUUGAUGCUCAUGCCUUCAGCUGAUGGAUGUGACCACUAUCUACCCAUGUAAAAUGUCUGCCCUCAUCGCCUUUUGCCCUCUCCAGCACCUCUACUGACUGCCAGAUUCCCCUAUCCGCUUAGUCCUGUUUUUCAGGCGACAACUCUGUGCAAAUUCACAUGGUACAGGUUGUAGAACUGCAUUGCCAUUCCAAUUGUAUUGAACACGUGCCCAGACCUUUAAGUACAAUGAAUUGAGUUAUUCCCAAUAACUCUGGAGAGCAGAAGGAAUGGUCGUCCUAAAAGUUGAAGCUGGAACUGGCCCCCUAUGAACUGCACUGAUGUUAUUGUUCCCUCACACUGCUGGGCAGUGGGGUGAGGUUACCCAGCACUGAGACAAGACAGCUGCGGGGUUAUGACAGCAGCACUGAUGACGUUACACGGCUGUGGCCCCACAGUGGGCGUUCCAUGCCUUUAGCUUCAUAAUGACCAUUGACUCCUCCAUUCUCUGCCACCACCAUGAUAUACAAUGGGCAGGUAGAGAAUCGCCUUAACCGCACGCUUGUAGCCUUUUCUCUCAUGCAGCUUUAGACUCAUUCCCCCUUCUACCCACAGAGAAGACACAUUUCUUUGUAUAGUUUUACAUAUAUUUAUAUAUAUAUAUAUAUUUAUAGGUAUAUAUAUAGAUAUUUUUGUUGGAUGGUGUUACUCUCCGGGUCAUCGUAUGCCGGAUGCUAUUCUGUAAAUACGUAUCGUAGUUACGCUGUGGGUUUUGCACAAGUAGCUUAUGAAAAGUAUAGGUCAAUUUUAUUCAGCUGCAACUUUUAGUGUAAAGCUUCUUAUUGUCUAGAAGAAACUUUGAUUUUAUUUUUUAUUUCCACCCUAGACGUUCUGUGUACUGAAUAAUAGAUUUGACCUGUUUCACCUGAUUUACUGAUGUGUAACAUUAACAUAUAAAUGGUUAUAAAUGUCUUUCCUUAUGUCCUGAUGUGUAUGUAGAGUGCUAUACAGUGAAAAGAUGUAAUAUAGAUGGCCGCCUGUGUCGUUGUGGAGACCAUGGUUACUUUACUGACUCAGUGGCAGGUGAAAAUAUUUAUAUAUUUGUACCUAUAUAUAGGGAUAUGAAACCUAUAACCCUAAGGCUGCGUUCACACAUGAUAUUUUGGUCAGUAUUUGUAGGUUAAACCAAUAAUUGGUUACAAAUACAGAAAAAGCUAAUCUUUCCAUUAUAGUAUUUUUUUCUGUGUCAGUUACACUCCUGGUUUUGGCUAAAAUAUUGACUAAAUUUCUCGGUGUGAACCCAGUCUGAGAGGUAACGGUCUUACAGAUAUCGGUUCUUGUCAAUGAUUUCUUACGUGUCUGCACAGAAUCACUUUGCGAGCAGCGUACUGUAUUACUACAGUAUUCGCGUGGUCGCACAUGCCGUACCGGGCGGGAAUGUCACCUAAAAUUUGGAACAGAAAGUGAUGACAUGUCUGUUCCGAGAAGAAGCAGACAGCGAGCUAUUUAUAAAGGACUAAUAUUGAUGUGUUUGUGGAUCGACGUCUCUUGUCACAGGGUAUCGUUCACUACUCAUGACUUGUUUCAUCGCAUGUAUGGUUAGAAUUUUUUUUUUUUGUAUUUAUUUGAGUUUGUAACACAAACAUCUUAAAAUAAAAGUGACAAAAUGUGA